AUGCGGCGCUCUUUGCGCGUGCUGCGGAAGCACAGCGAGGCUUUGAGCCGGCGCAGGAAGAACAGGGCGAGUGCUGCUUCUUCCCAGGCGACGCACGGCCACCUCGAGAUUAAUCAGUUGAAGCAGCACAUGAACACGAAUGGGGGUGACGACGACGUUGACAUUGAAGAGACUGAUGAGGAGGAGCCGCCUGAGGCCCUGGACAUGCUGGAGAAGCAGGAGGCGGCGCCGGCCACCAAGGGAUUGAACCGCGGUCAGAAGCGGCGCGCCGAUGAGAUGCGGGAGGCCGACGAGGAGCUGGAGUGGGACCUGGAGAUGCUGCGCCGGCGCGACGGCGUCGGCGACCACCAGGACCUCGAGGCCGAGGCGAAGGCGCCUGAAGAGACCCAGGAGAACCAACAACAACAGGUCGUUGUGCGCCUGCCCGCGGGCUGUGCCCUGACCGUGUCCCCGCAGGCCGAGGAGGUCGAUGACGAGGCCGAGGAAGAGGAGAACGAGGCCGAGGUCAACCAGGUCGGGCAACAGCCGCCCGCCCCACCCGCUCCAUCUGCAAGAUCAGAGGAGGGAAGGAAAAGAAGGAAGCUCAAGCAGAAGAAGAAGAGGACCCGCCACUAUAAGAUUAUAGUCCCGGAGAGCGACGCUACCACAAGACAGAUGCUGGAAGCGGAGAUCGAGCGACCGGUUCUUGAGGGCGAGGACAAGAGAGCCAGAAUCACCAGGUCUGUCCCAGCAGAAACAGUAUGCGAGACCUAUCUGUGGUAUGAUCAACGCGACACCCCGCGCCUGGGCCUCCUCAGGAACAGGCUAACUGCAGAGAUGCUGCAGACCCUGCUGGAUACGGCAACAGAUUGGAUGACAACAGAGGAGCCCACAGUCUACCAGGCGCGCAAUACGCCCCGACACAAGGAGAGAAAUGGCCAUAGGACCAAGGCGGCACAUUGUGGCACAUGGCGCAAGAGUUCAACAGAGCUGCAUAUCAUGCCUGAUACCAACACCGCUGGCGCCCAAGCCUUCAUCAAGCAGAAUGCGGAACUCUUCAAGCGUGUCAACGACGAGCUCAGGAAGUACUGGCCGCGUGUCAUGGAGAUGUAUGCUGCCAUCUGCCCUACCAGGCCCGAUGGCUCCCCUGUCCUCCCAAACACCGACUUUCACGAGUUUGUCCUGAACUGGGACAUCGAGUGUAACUUCCACACCGACAAAUCCGAUGCUGGCUGGGGCUUCUGCGUGGUCAUCCCCUUCGGCGAGUUCACUGGCGGAGAGCUCAUCUUCCCGGGGCUUGGCCAGUCCGCCCACCUCAUCGCUGGCGACAUCAUGGUCUUCCCUCUGCCCUGCUCGAGCACGGCAAUGGAAAAGUCAAGACUGAUCUUGGGCGCCGCAUGCUGCGCUGCUGAGGCCUGA